UCUGUUGUUAUGACAGUUGCAAAGUAAAAUUGCUUAACCAGCCUGCUUUGUGUUCGCGUUUAACGGUGUUUGUCUAUUGAUUAUUUACAAGCUACGCGUUCAAACACCAAACAACAAUUAAUUCAACAAUUAAUCGUUGUUCCUAGAUGAGUGCAUUGUUUUAGAAACUCUAUUUUUAAGAAAAUGACGUCACAGUUUGUUUAGACCUUUGUUAUAAUAUGACGCAGUUGUGAUUGAAAUGUUAUGUUAAAAACACGAAUCGCCACGAACAGCAGGGAAAAUGUCGGCGGAGUCGCCACUAAGAUCGUCCGAGACUCGGAGCGUCGGACCUUGCGUGAUCACGCCGCAACAGGUGAACGAUCCCUCGAUCCUCGACAACGUAGCCGGCUUCAUUAACGACGUGGUGCCAAGCGCGUACAACCUACCCCAGGAGUCCAAGGACCAGAUUCAGUGGGCCCACUUUGAGCAAAUCGAAUCCGAAGAGGCAACCACUUCUUCCGAUUUCGACGGCGACAAAGAACUGCCACCGCCACUGGUUCUCGUCCUUGGAUACUCCAAUGGCAUUCAGGUCUGGGGAUUGCCGGCUAACGGGGAGGCCACGGAGAUCUUCUCGUGGAGGCAUGGAAGUGUUCGGGUGAUGAAAGUCCUGCCGAAUCCUUUCGAAAUCGGACAUUCAGAGGCAGAGGAUCAGUUCCACGCCAAGCGACCACUGAUUGCUUUGUGCGAAAGUGCCAAUCCGGGAUCGCAGUUCUGCUCAGUUAACUUUGUCUCCCUCAAAACGGGGGAUCAGGUCAAAGUCAUCAAAUUCAAGAAUCCCGUGUUAGACAUCUUUGCCAACAAGAAAUCCGUGGUCGUGACGUUCGCUGAGAAGAUUGCCGUAUUCGAUGCGUUCACAUUGGAGGAUCGUCUCAGUGUUACGACGUGUUACUUAAGUCCCGGACUGCAACAGAAUCCCAUCGCUUUGGGCUCGAGAUGGAUGGCGUACGCCGAAAAGAAGCUCAAUCAAUCGAAACGGAGCAGCGGCGGUAACGAAGGAGAGGGCCUCCAGAGUUACACAGCUACCGUUUUGCAUGCGGCCAAGAGUUUGGGGAGGGGUUUAAGGGAGUUGGGGGAGUCGGUGGCCAGCAGUUUGACCGGCAGCCAGUCGUAUAAGCCUGGCACUUCUCCGAAUAGUCCUCAAAGCGGCACCAAUGCUGAUAUUCCACAGAAGGGAAUCGUUUCUAUAAUAGAUAUAGAGUCGACCAAUCACACAGACAAAACAGGUUUUCCGGAUGCGGUGAUUGCCCACUUCAUCGCACACACUGAAGCCAUAGUUUGCAUGGAGUUCGACCCGAGCGGAUUGCUGCUGCUAACCGCCGACAAGCGCGGCCACGACUUCCACCUGUUCCGCAUCCAUCCCCAUCCUGCAGGACCGGCCCUUGCGGCCGUGCACCACCUCUACGUUCUGCACCGCGGUGACACUACAGCCCGAGUUCAGGAUAUGUGUUUCUCACCAGAUUCUAGAUGGGUCGCCGUUUCGACGUUGCGAGGCACCACCCACGUCUUUCCCAUCACCCCGUACGGCGGCAACGUGAGCGUCAGGACACACGCGACGCCUCACGUCGUCAACAAAAUGUCUCGAUUUCACAGGUCGGCGGGCCUGACUGCUGAGGGCAGAUCCAACAGUCCGGUGUCGCUGAUCGAUUUGCCGACUUGUUCCAAUUAUCCGUACAACAAUCCCAGGUUCCCGCCGUAUCCGCAUCCGACUAUCAUCAGUCCGCUUGCACAAAUCAGGCAGCCGUUGUACACGCCAAGUCUAUUGAACGUGCCACAAAGAUCCGGUUCAGGUCGACAAAGGAUUCCCUCUUCAUCCGAAGAGAACGUGUCCUUGCGUCUGACGACGUGUUUCGCGCCGCCUCGUGCCUGGAUCGACAACGCACCGGCGAGAGAACCGGGACCCAUCAAAAUCCAGGCCAAACCGGUCGAGUCCUUAUUUGUGAUGUCCUGCAAUGGAUGCCUGGUACAGUAUGACCUCGAUCCGCACCAUUCCGCCUCCAUACCCAAGGAACGGGUGUGCGACGACUCGCCCAUUGAUCUCACCGUUACAGCAAGGGCGCAAUGGAUAUUGCAAAGGCAACCCGGCCACGUUGACAUACCAUUGCCCCUAUCGCCGGAAAAUCUGGCGUUCGUGGCACAAGAACCGCAGUGGUUCAAGAGCUCGAAGCCGGACCACACCGACGAGAGCUGGCUGUCUCAGGUCGAGAUAGUAACGCACGCCGGCCCCCACCGCCGACUCUGGAUGGGACCGCAGUUCACCUUCAAAACCUACACCACUUCCAAUGGAUCUGAACUUUCGAUGGCGUCGAUGGCAGAGGCUUUACCAAUCGACCUGCGACGUUCCAAGCCUGUCAACAUGCCAAUAACUAAGGCGAACGCUGUCCUGAUAGAAUCUAGCUCGGCGAAUAGUUGUGAACAAUCAUUGCUGGACAAUUAUCAGCGUACUUACGAAGAACCUGGUGGCCAGUGCGAGAUCCAGCUGAGGGAGGACCUGGCGGAGGCCAUGCAGGAGUCGCCGUUCGUUAAGGAAACAGGUGGGCGGUGCGUAAUUGUCUCAAUGAAACCACACACGUCGGCGACGGUCGCCAAGGUGGUCAACCCGUUGGGCACGGUGGUGACGGUGCAAUCCGACGAAGAGGCGGAAGUCGUCGACGUGUCCGACGACGUCGUCAUAUUGGAGAACUGCGACGAGGCGCUUUUCAGGCCGGUGGUCACGCCGAAGCCGCUGCACUACACGGAAAGGCCGCGCACUCACUCGCCGGACAAAAUUAUCACCAAGAAUUUGGAGUCGAACACCGAGGUGACGGUUAAGAUACUUACUAAAAAAGAUAAGCUCGCGGAGGCGCCUAAGCCGAUUAAAAAACCGAGAUCGCGUGAGUCGUCGCCGAAAGCGCCGGUUAGCAAGAAAGCUGAGAAGCACACGUCCAACAAAAUCAACAAAGAGUUGAGGCAAAAUGUGAAGACGGAAGAGGCAGUCGAACUUCCCAGAGCGGAAGCAAAGGCUAAAGUGGAAAUAAAACCAAAAGAGGAAAUCAGGCCUCCGAAGCCGGACUUCAAGCCAAAACUCGAUGCUAAAUUUAUCUCUGACUUUUCAGAUCCGUUGGAGCUUCCGGACACGUCAAAUGAGGUGAAACCUAGCGAGGAGCUCUUCGAUAUUCCUAUGCCGAAGCCGUUGGAUUGUAAUUUAUUCGACGAUAUAAUACUAGAUACCAUGAUGAACUUGGACACUAAACUGCCACAACGAGAGAAAUCGAGUGACGAUGUUUUUGAGGACAUAGUCGAGUCUGCUUCUUUUAAAAACAACAAAGAAUCGAGGAGUAAAAGGGAGGAAAAGGUGGAGGUCAUGACAAUGGACGACUCUGUGUCGGAAGAAAGAAGCUUUUCAAAGAAACCUAGGAAACCGAAAGCAAAAUUGGGAGUAAAAAUUGCCACAGUUAACAAGGAAAACAUAGAAAAGACCCUUGAUGACUGCACCACUGACAUAACAUUGGCACCUCCACCAAAAAGAUCUUGGAGCAGCAUUGCUUCCUCCAAGCCAGCAGAGUCUGACAAAGUGUUAAUCGACACCACCGAAAAAGAGAAGAACCUCGAUUUUGUCGAGCACUUUUCCGUAACUCUCCCUCAGAAGUCAUAUUCAUCGUCGGUUACAAACGAUGAUCUGAUUAACAUCGACACACCUCAAGAAGAACAGGUAGAAGCCAGCGAGUCCAUGAACAAUUCGGCAAACUCCGACGACAAUCUAUUAAAAAUCGACAAGUCCUCCGACGAUGAAAAACCAGACACCGGUAGUUCACCAAACGAAACCACCGAAAGCGACGAUUCAGGCAAAUUACAACCGGAAAACGAUCCUAGCGCGGACGACGAUGUGGCGGUGCUUAAAUCGAACGCACCAAUGUCUAAAGCGUCCAAAAGGAAGUUAAAGAAAAAACGAAAAUAACAAAUUGCUCAGCUGCAAGACUUCCGCAAUGACACAUACCUAUAUAAGAUUCUUCAUAUACUCAAGUAUAUUAAGAGUAGCGUUCAAAAGUUGUGUGUGAAGUUGUUGAAACUUCUGUAUUUUAGAAAUCAGUGUUGAUUUGUUCAUUUUAACCGUUUGUUCACGUAGUUAGCGGUGCUAGCGGAUCUUAGCGAAUAUGUAUGUUGAUGUUACUGAAGUAACCAACACUGGUUUAUUGUACUUUUAUUCUUUUUUUAAUUAUAUACGGACUAUUUUUAAAAAUUAGUAUAAUUUUCUAACAUGAACGUAAUGUGAAAACCUUAGGAUGUUUCACAUACUAUGGUCGGUUCAUUUUCAUAAGAUUAAUUAAUAAGUAUUAAUAUUAUUUGUAGUCACUAAUUUAUUAAUGCAAUGCAUAUUAGUUGUUCCGCAUUAUUGUUCUGUAUUUUAGUUCACAAAUAUUUCAGAUGGUGUAAUUAAAGUUUUUUAAACAAUUUUUUAUACAAAAUUUAUUGUGAAACAUCAUAAAGCGACCAUAUUAAUUGACAUCCAUACAAUGACUACUUACAUAUCAUUUUCGAUUAUAAGUAUAAAUGAUAAUUUUUAUUGUGUCCAUAAAACCGAUUAAUUGUAUUGUAAUGUACAUAAUUUUAAUUUAUUGUUUAAUUUUAAGAAUAAUAUAAUUAUCAAAUUACUAAUCAAACAUUUAAACUACAAAAAUGUUACAAAAAUAUUUUGGAUUUUAAAGUUUUAAUUGCGGGUCCACUUAACGAAAUAAUUUUGAACUUGAAUUGUAAUUUUAUCUGAAGUUUCUACAUAGGCGUAUGUAGUUUUAUUGUUCUAUUUAUUUAAAUAUUAUGUGAAAAUUUAACAAAAAAAUUAUUAAAAGGCAGAAAGGAAAAAGCAAAGUAUCUGUAGUUUAAUAAUAUAAUAAGUGUUCAAUUAAGCUUAAACAAAACGCCUUAGCAUUUUUAAGAGGGAUGGUUCAUUGUUGAGAAUUUCGCACCCUAUUUUUAAUAUAAAGCAAUUGUGUGUUAUUGAGUUUUUCAGUGCCUCAAAUUAUCCAAAUUAAAUAAAAAUAAUUAAUAUAACGGGACAUCAAUAUUCACACAGUUUGGUUUCCAGUUGUUUAUCAUGUAUGUUUUAUCUUGUACAUAAAUAUUGUAAAUACAAUAAUUGAUGUAUUGUUUUUGUAGAACCAAAUAUAAAGAUCUCAUACAA